GUCUAACUUGGUAGAUUCUUGGAACAAAACAAUGGUGUUUUUUUUAGGCUUAAUAUUGUUGUUAGGCCCUACAUAAACAGACCAAUUAAGUGAAAGAUUUCUGUUCCCAACUCAAGUUAGUUACAGUACCCCAAUAAAUUUCCAUGGCUUUAUUGUCAAAAAGAGAAUCUAUUAAUGGGAAGUGAUUAUGAUGAUAAUGACAUUAUGACACCCAAGACCCAACCGACAAAUCAAAUUCCCCUGUCAGCACCAUCACUAAAAUACAACACCAACGAACAUGGCGGAGUCAUUAAUCAAUCUGUCCUGGAAAAAUAAUUGAAUCUAUCUGCUCUAAUUUCCCAACGAAAAUAAAGGGUAUUGAUGAUUUAUAUUCUCCAUCUAUCUCUGUUAACUUUGAGGGAUAAUGUCGGUGAACCGAAAAUAUGGGGUGUGGAUUGCUACGGCGGAGGUUUCUUGAUUGGUGGCAUCUGGAAAUGAUAAUUGCGCUGCUGUUCUUGUCCCCGGCGGCGGAGUGUCGGCAUCAUCAUCAGCAGAGGAGAUCGCUAAAGGGAGCUGGGGUCCAACUCGACAUACAGGAUCACCAAGCAGUGAUGAAUAAUGGCAUUCUCAGUGUUUCACUCUCAGUUCCAGAUGGUCUUGUUACAGGGAUAUCGUACCAAGGAAUCAAAAAUUUACUGGAAACAAAAAACCCUGAAAACGAUAGAGGGUAUUGGGAUGCAAUUUGGCACGGCCCAGGAAUCGAUGGAGAAUUGGACAAAUUGCAAGGUACGAGUUUCGAGAUCAUAACAAAUGAUGAAAGUGAAGUAGAGAUUUCAUUUACAAGAACAUGGGAUGCCUCUCAGAAUAAUGUAGCUCCAGUACAUAUUGACAAAAGAUUUAUAAUGCUGCGUGAUACGCCUGGGUUCUACACGUAUGCUAUAUUUCAACGUUUAGAAGGAUUUCCAGGGGUGCGUAUGGAAGAAAGCAGGGUUGUAUUCAAACCUAGACAAGACUUGUUUCAUUACAUGGCUGUCUCGGAUGAUAGACAGAGGUUCAUGCCAAUGCCUGAGGACCGUCUUAGUGGCCAGGUACUUGAUUACCCCGAAGCAGUUCUCUUGACACGCCCAAGCAAUCGAGCUCUCAGAGGAGAGGUGGAUGAUAAGUACUUCUACUCUAGUGAGAACAAAGACAAUAAGGUUCAUGGGUGGGUAUGCACUGAUCCCCCUGUAGGAAUUUGGAUGAUCACUCCGAGCAGUGAGUUUCGUAUCGGUGGACCUUUCAAACAAGAGCUAACAUCCCAUGUUGGUCCUACGAUGCUUUCUACAUUUGUUAGUAGGCAUUAUGCCGGGGAGGAUCUAGAUGUCAAAUUCCAAGAUGGAGAACCGUGGACAAAGGUUCUAGGUCCCGUGUUUGUGUAUCUCAACACCGAUACUGCUGCUGAGAACGAUCCUUCUGUGCUCUGGAAUGACGCAAAGAACAAGAUGAAUCAAGAAGUUGCAAGCUGGCCGUAUGAUUUUGUGCAUUCGAUAGACUACAUGAAAUCAGAUCAAAGAGGAAUUGUUAGGGGUAGAUUAUUUGUUCGUGACUGGUUCGUUGAUGAACGAUCUGUUCCAGCAUCAUAUGCCUAUGUGGGGUUGGCGAUGCCAGGUGCUCCUGGAUCAUGGCAAAGAGAAAACAAGGGGUAUCAAUUCUGGACCCAAGCAGAUAAUGAUGGGAACUUCUUUAUCAAAGGAGUAAGAGCAGGCACUUAUAAUCUGUAUGCGACAGUCCCGGGAAGGAUUGGAGACUACAAAUAUGUAACAGACAUCAGUGUUAUACCAGGUUCCGAUGUAGAACUGGGGGAUUUAGUCUAUAAGCCUCCAAGAAACGGAGCUACUCUUUGGGAAAUAGGUGUGGCAGACCGUACGGCUGCUGAAUUUUAUGUCCCAACUCCUAGCCCCAUGUUCAGAGUUCAUGAUUUUGAAGAUGAAGGGCCAAAUAAGUUUAGAGAAUAUGGCCUGUGGAAACGCUAUACAGAUCUAUAUCCUCUCGGAGAUCUUGUCUACACUGUUGGAACAAGUGAUUACGCUAGAGACUGGUUUUAUGCUCAUGUUACCAGGAGCUUUGAAAAUGGUACAUAUGGAGCAACCACUUGGAGUAUUGUGUUUGACCUUGAAAGCGUGAAUAGAGCUUCAUAUUACACACUCCAAUUGGCACUGGCAUCAGCUCAAGAAGCAGAGCUACAAGUGCGUUUCAAUGACGGAGAAGCGCAACCCCCGCAUUUUACAACGGGGAUCAUAGGCAGCGACAACGCCAUAGCGAGACACGGGAUUCAUGGGUUGUAUUGGCUGUUCAGUGUUAGAAUAGCAGGAACAUGGCUAGUUCAAGGAAGGAACAUAAUCUUUCUUACACAGGCAGGAGCCACCAGCCCUUGGAGAGGUGUCAUGUAUGACUAUAUUAGGUUAGAAGGCCCUGAUCAGUAUAGGGAUCCUUCUGAUGCUGCAUUUAAAUGCACUUCUCUCCCCUCUCUUUUUUCUCUCUCCAUUUCUUUGUUUCUUCUUUUAUUUUCUUGGUGAAAAAAUUUCACCCUUUUUUGGCAUUAUACUUACUUAAUUCUUGUAAAGAAAGAGAAAAUGAUAAGUAUAUUCUAAAUGGAAUAUGGCGAUAUGCCCAAAUUUUAUUAGAGGAAUAAAAAUUA